UCCGGUAUUCAGUAUCGCGGCCUCAUUGGCCCUUGGUCGUGCCACUGCUCUACUUUAGUCGACGACUCCGCAUCGCCCUAGUGUCGAAACUGAGCUAGCCUCCUAUCUCUAGAGGGUGAAUAUCGUCAAUAUCUACGCAUCUCCCUCUGCCACUAUGUCUGAACUAGUCCAAUCUUACACUUUUCUUCUCACACCAUGGGUUCCCAGGGUUCUGCUGCGCGCUUCCGAAAACUGCAAAGUUUCGAGACGGAUUAUGCUCCUACUACCAUCACCCAAUAUGAAUCGGAGCGCAGCGGUAUGCAAGUUAUUGUGGCUGACCGAAAGGGUCCCAAGGUAAAUGGAUACUUUACCUUGGCCACCGAGAUAUUUGACAACUCGGGCGCACCGCAUACUCUUGAGCAUCUGGUUUUCAUGGGCUCAAAAAGCUACCGAUAUAAGGGGUUACUAGACAAGCUGGCGUCACGAGCUUACGGAGGCACGAAUGCCUGGACUGCUACCGAUCAUACUGCGUAUACACUAGAAACGGCCGGCUGGGAAGGGUUUGCACAAACGCUACCUGUGUAUCUCGAACAUCUAAUUGUUCCUACUAUCACUGACGCCGCAUGCCUAACCGAGGUGCAUCAUGUGGAUGGCGAGGGUAACGAUGCCGGUGUCGUUUAUUCCGAAAUGCAAGCAGUGCAAUACACAAGUACUGAGCUUAUGGACAUCAAAGCGCGACUACUCCUGUACCCAGAAAAUGUUGGAUUUCGGUAUGAGACUGGAGGUAUGAUGGAGGCUCUUCGCGUCCUGACACCCGAAAAGAUCAGAGAUUUCCACAGGACUAUGUAUCAGCCACGGAACAUGUGUAUCAUCAUUGUUGGUGAAGUGGACCACAAGAAUCUUCUCCAGAUACUUGAUACAUUCGAAGAAAGUGUCAUAAAUGAUAUUCCACCCGUUGACGCACCCUUUCGUCGACCGUGGAUAGAGUCCACACAACCACCUCCACUCAAUGAUACCGUUAUUGAGACGGUCGAAUUCCCCGAAGAAGAUGAGUCUGUUGGAGAUGUAGUAGUAGCGUUCUUUGGGCCUCACUGCACCAAUGUAACAGCAACGACCGCACUCAAUGUACUCUUGACUUACUUGUGUGGUUCUUCAGUGGCCAUCUUAGAAAAUGUGAUGGUGGAGAAAGAGGAAUUAGCGAGCUCGAUUUCAUAUUGGUGGGAUGCACGUCCAAACUCUGUCAUCUGGUUUCAGCCUACGGGAGUUGCUACUGAGAAGCUUCAAUUCGUUGAAAAGCGACUCAUUUCACUACUUAAAGAAGUAGCAUCGAAGCCUCUAGAUAUGACCUACAUCAACGAGUGUAUCCAACGCGAACGACGGCAAGUGAAGGCUCAGGCAGAAGAGUCUGAAUCAUUCUAUUCUAACAACAUCAUCACCGAUUAUCUCUUCGGUGCUAGAGAUGGCUCGACAUUGAAGGAUUUGGCAAGCUUGACGGAAUAUGAUGUCCUGGAGAAGUGGACGGAUGAGCAAUGGCGGGCGUUCUUGCGUAAAUGGAUAUCCGAUGCUCAUCAUAUCUCUAUACUGGGGAAACCGUCACUACAAUUAGCCAACAAACAAAAAGCAGACGAAAUUGCUCGUAUUGAAAAGAGAAAAGAAGAGCUAGGACCCGAGGGACUAGAGAAGCUAAAGAAGAAACUGGAAGAUGCGAAGAAGCAAAAUGAUGUCGAGAUUCCUGCUACACUACUGGAGAAAUGGCCAGUUCCUUCAACCGAAUCGAUCCAUUUCAUCGAGUCUCAAACCGCUCGUUCUGGACUGGCACGCAACUUAGGCGUGCGCGAAAAUUCCGCUCAGAAACAGAUUGACCAUGCAUCCGUAGGGGCGCCGCUUUUCAUACAGUUCGAAGAUGUCCCAACAAAUUUCGUUCACAUCACCGUACAUAUCGGGACAAACAAGGUUCCUAUGAAGUUCAAACCGCUUCUAAGCCUUUUCAACGACAACUUCUUCAACACGCCUAUUAUGCGAAAUGGCCAGCGUAUUGAGUUCGAGCAAGUCGUGAUGGAGCUUGAAAAGGAGACGGUCAGCUAUAGCUUAGAAUCUGGCACCAAAGUCGGGGACUCUGAAAGCCUCUUAAUUCGCAUGCAAGUUGAGCCAGCGAAGUAUGCUACGGCCGUCGAGUGGAUUCGCACUAUGAUGUUUGAUAGUAUCUUUGAUGUGACUCGUCUAAAGGCCGGGGUUUCUAAACAACUUGCCGAUAUUCCCGAGGCGAAACGAGACGGUAGAGUGAUGGCCAACGAGGUCGAGAUCGCUCUCCACAACGAAGCAUCCUCUUUGCUCGCAGCAAAAAGGACUCUUGUCAAGGCUACUUACAUGAAACGACUCAAGAAAAUACUACAGAAUGACCCAGAUACUGCUAUCGCGUGGUUUGAAGAGGUUCGACGAUCCUUGUUCACUUCUGACAACAUUCGUGUGCUUAUCACUGCCGAUAUUACACAUUCCAAAGUCCCUGAGCCCGUAAAGACAUGGGAUAUUCUUUGCAAGUCGCUUGAAGAAGCUCCUAAGGAGGUACAACCCAUUGUCAAAUCCCACACUCUUCUCAAUACUGAAGGUCGAAAUCCUGGCUCUAUCGGCGCAACUAUUAUUCCAAUGACCACUAUCGACAGCUCUUAUUCCGUGAGCUCUGGUAAAGGUCUAUCGUCCUUUACCGACCCAGCCGUACCGGCCUUACUUGUAGCAGUACAAUAUCUGGAAACUGUAGAGGGCACACUUUGGAAUGCCGUUCGCGGGAAUGGGCUCGCCUAUGGAGUUUAUUUCGCCAAAGAAUUGGAUGGUGGUUACUUGCACUUUAAGGUGUAUCGUUCUCCAUCUGCCUCCAAGGCCAUAGUUGCAGCAAGAGAUGCCAUCGCGGCUCUAGUUAAUGGCACUAUGGCAUUUGAACAGCCUAUGAUCGAAGGCGCCAUUAGCCAACUGGUCAUGGGGCUCGCCGACGAACAGGCCACUAUGUCCACCGCAGCUGUGCAGAAUUAUAUCACUGGUGUUGUUAGAGGUCUCGAGCCCGACUAUAACACGCAAAUGCUUGCCAAAGUUCGCGCUGUAACAGUUGACGACAUCAAACGCGCGAUGAAAACGUGGUUACUUCCAAUAUUCGAACCAGGCAAGAGCAACGUAGUGGUAUGCUGUGCACAUGUCAUGAUUGAAAAAAUGGAGAAAGAGCUUCAGGAAAUGGGGUAUAAAACCCAGAUCAAGCAGUUGUCUGAUUACUAUGACGACUAUGGCCUAGAAUCUCCUGGUGGGGAAGAUGAUGAACACGACGACGAGGAUGAAGACAUGUCUAACAAUGACGAUGAAUCUGGUGACUCUGAUGAGUCGGAAGAUUAGAAUUGGUUAUUCUUCGUACGUUUAAAGCUACGAAAUUUCCCUGUCCGAAUAAUGCAUUUCCACAUUGCGGGUUGGGUUUAAGGUAGGUUAGAGCUAUAGUGACAACAAUAUAGGUCUGUGUCAAAUACACGGUACUAGAGCUUAUA